AUGUCGUCAGAAGAUGAAGAAAUGGACGUAAAUAAGGAAAAACAUGAAGAUGAUAUGGAGGAUGAUGAUGAUGAUAAUAGUGAUGAUACAUCAAGUGAUUCAUCUGAAGAACAAAUUGAUGAGAGUAAACAAGAAUCUGAAUUAGUUGCACUUCGUGAUAUCGUUCAAUCAAAUCUAUAUAAUUAUCAAUCUCAUAUUGAUUAUAUAACAUUAUCACGUCAGUAUGGUAAUCUUGAUCAUUUACGUUUAGCUCGUCAAACAAUGUCAGAAAUCUUUCCAUUAACACAACAACUUUGGCUUGAUUGGUUUCAUGAUGAAAAACAAUUAUUAAUAUCCAAUACACAAGAAAAUAAAAAUAUGAUUCAAUUAUUUGAACGUGCAGUUAAUGAUUAUUUAUCAAUUAUGAUCUGGAUUGAAUAUGUUCAAUAUCGUAUACCAUAUUAUGUAUCAUUAAAUUCAAUUGAAGAAUUACGAAAUUUAUUUGAACGUGGUCUUAGUUCAUGUGCGGUUCAUUUAACUGAUGGAAGUUUAAUAUGGGCUGCUUAUAUUGAAACAGAAAAGGCGAUUCUAGAUGGACUUAUAUUGAAUUAUAAUCAAAAUAAUACAAAUAAAGAUUUAAAAGAAAAAAUUCUUCAACAUGUUGAUUAUAUUGUAACAUUAUAUCGUCGACAAUUAUCAAUUCCAUUACGUGAUAUGAAAAAUGUUUAUUAUAAAGAUUAUAAUGAAUUUUGUCAACAAUAUAAAGAAUAUUUACCAUCGAAUUAUACGGAAAAAUAUGAUUUAGUUAUAAAACAUGAUUAUGAUCUUGCUAUUCAACAUUUAGAAAGAUGUGAAAAAUUUGAAAAAGAAUUAGAAGAUACAAAAAGAAGUGUAGCAACUUAUAGAAAAUAUAUUGAAUUUGAAAAAGAACCAGCACGUAUUCAAUGUUUAUAUGAACGAGCAAUUGUUGACAAUUGUCUUGAUGGUGAUUUAUGGCUUUCAUAUAUUGAUUUUGCUGAAGAAUAUUUAUCAUCUACAACACUUCUUCAACCUAUAUAUGAACGUUCUUUACGUAAUUGUACAUGGGUAGCAACAUUAUGGAUUCGUUAUGCUGAAUAUAUGGAAUUAACUAAGACUGUUGAUCAUUCUCAAUUAAAACAAAUUUAUGAUCGUGCACUUAAUUCUGAUCCAACAAAUCUUAUAUCAUUUGUUGAUAUACAAUUAGCAUAUCUACAAUAUCGUCGUCGUCAUUAUGAUCAAGAAUUAUUAUCAAAUAAUACAGAACAAUGUGAAAUCUUAAAAGAAGAAAUUCGUCGUGCAUGUGAAUAUACAUGUGAUCAAUAUCAAGAAUUAUUUUUAUCAUCAGCUGAUCCAAAUUUAUUUUUAAAAUAUAAUGGACAACUGGAAUUAUUUUGGGUACAUUUAGAGGUAAAAAUAUUUCAUUCAAUUGAUCAUGCAAGACAAAUAUGGAAUGGUCGAACAUUAAUGAAUAAAACACAUAAUCAAUUAAUAUCGAAUCUCUGGAAAGCUUAUUAUUAUACAGAAAUUAAUUAUGGAGAUGAAAAACAUGCAAGAAAAGUUUUAUAUCGAGCAUUAAAUCAUAUAAAAACAAUGGAUUAUCCAUUAGCAAUAUGUGAUAUAUUAUUAGAACAUGAAAAAAAAUAUGGAACUAUUCAACAAUUAAAAGAAACAAAAGAGAAAUUAAAAGAAAUUAAAAGUAAAAUUGUUCCAGUAGAAAAACCAAGAAGACAACAACAGCAACAACAACAACAACAAACAAAUAAUAAAAAACAACCGAAUAAAGGAAAUCAAAAAGAUAAUAAGAAAAAACCAGUUAAAAAUGCAAAUAAUAAAAUGGAUACAACUGCUCCGCCAGUUCAUACCAAUGGUAAUACUACUACUGAUCAACAGCCAUUAUCACCUCGUAAACGAAAACUAUCACCAGAAGAACCGCAGAAUCUUAAAAAGAAACCCGUAGUUCCAACAAUAGAUAGUGAAGGUUUUAAAAUACCAGCACUACCACCGCAACUACCAUCUGUUCCUUCACAACCAUCAUCAUCAUCAACAACUCCUUCAACUUCUACGCUCAAUACUUCAAAACAUACAGAUCAUUUAAAUACUGUAUUUGUCGCCAAUUUAUCUUAUGAAGCCGAUGAAGAAGCUCUACGUCAAGCUCUUUCACCAGCUGGUCCAAUAAAAGAUGUCCGUAUUGUUAAACAUGAAUGGUCUGGUAAAUCCAAAGGUUUUGGUUAUGUAGAUUUUCAAACAAGUGAAGGUUAUCGUCAAGCAUUAAAACUAGAUAAUACACCAAUAAAUGGUCGACCAAUGUAUGUUAAUCCUUAUGAUGCAAAUAAAUCUGCAUCAAAUGAUCUAACAAAAAAAUUUAAAUAUGCAACAUCAUUAGAACAAAAUAAAUUAUUUCUAUCAAAUUUACCAUUUUCAGCAACAAAAGAACAAAUUGAAAAUUUAUUUAAAGAAAAAGGAUAUACUGUAAAAGAUAUUCGAUUAGUUACACAAAAAAGUGGCAAACCAAAAGGACUUGCUUAUGUCGAAUUUAAUGAUGCACAUGAAGCUGCACAAGCUGUAAUGAAAACUGAUGGAACAAUGAUGGAUGAACAUGCAAUUAAAGUUGCUCUUAGUAAUCCACCACCACGUAAAGAAACAAAUACGAAACCAACUGGUCAAAAAACAACAUCAUUAGGACAAGCACCAAAAGCAACAGGACCAAGAGGUAAAGGAUAUUCUCAAUUAUCACUUGUACCAAGAAAACUUGCAUCAGCAAGUACAACACCAACAAGUACAGCACCAAAAAGUGAAUCGACUCCGUCAACGACAAGUAAAAUGAAUAAUGAUGACUUUAGAAAUAUGCUUUUCAGUAAAAAAUGA